GUUUGUAUUUGAUUGGCGAGUCGAGUUCCUUCUUAACCGGUCGUAUCGUAAUCAAGAGAUUAGUUCGCACAAUACGUUUGAUGCUCAAAAGGGACAUUUAUAUCACUUAGGAAAUCCGUUCCGUUUACCAUCGGUGUGUCGUGAUCGCCUCGUCCUAUGCAGGUAUCUCCACCCCAUCAUUCUGACUCGGAGCAGACAUGGUAGAGCCAACGACAGCGCACAAGUUCGCCUCCCUCGAAGAGGAGCUGGGCUUCUGGAAGGAGCAGGCGGACAGACACCAGCAGAGGGCCGACGAGGCUCAGGAGGAGCUGCAGGAGUUCCAGCAGAUGAGUCGAGACUACGAAGCGGAGCUGGAGACGGAGCUGAAGCAGUGCGAGGGGCGAAACAAGGAGCUGCUCUUCAGCAACAACCGACUUCGCAUGGAGCUGGAAAACAUCAAGGAAAAAUUUGAGGCGCAGCAUUCGGACGCCUUGAGGCACAUCUCAACCAUGGAGGAAGAUCUGGCACAGACCACGGCGGUGAGAGAUCACCUGCAGAAAUACAUCCGAGAGCUUGAGCAGUCCAACGACGACCUGGAGAGGACCAAGAGGGCGACCAUCAUGUCACUGGAGGACUUUGAGCAGCGGAUGAACCAAGUCAUCGAGAGGAAUGCCUUUCUUGAGAGCGAGCUGGACGAGAAGGAGAACCUGCUCGAGUCCGUCCAGAGGCUCAAGGAUGAAGCCAGAGAUCUCCGCCAGGAGCUGGCUGUACGUCAGAAGGACAGACGUCCGUCCAGCAGCCUCGGCAAAGACACAGAUCGAACAGAUCUGCCGUGCGCCUCGGCUGCUAAUCCAUCCUUCCCCAUCACGCCCUCCAAACCGCUCAGCUCGUUCGCCACACCCCCUGCCUCCAGUAUCCGACGAGGUGACGGUCUAACAGGUACUCCACUCACUACGUCUGCUAGAAUAUCUGCACUCAACAUCGUAGGGGAGCUGCUGAGAAAAGUCGGAAAUCUGGAGUCCAAGUUGGCAUCCUGUCGAGACUUUGUGUACGACACGCCUGUUAGCAGGCCUGCGCUUCCAGCUGGUCCCGGUAGUCCCUCGGGUUUAGAAGCAAGGCCCGAUGUCCAAACCGCCAGCAUGAGCCCCCCUCCUUUGUACGACAGUUUAGUGAAGCGGUUAGAGUUUGGACCAGCUCCUCCAAGAGGGUCCUCCCAGGGCGCCCAAUCUCCACAGGGAGGAGUCAAGAUCCUGCUAUGAGACGCCCUCCGUCAGUAACCUCAAUAACACCCCCCCUCCCCUUUCAAUAAACUACAGCAAUGGGACUUUGAAGUGAGCCGUCUUCCCUUGUCGCAACAUGUCGACUGAACUAUUUGAACAAGAAAGCCACUGUCCUAGCACAUGCCCCACAAUAUCAGCACAUGGACUUCUGCUGCCUCAGGCACCAUAUCCGUCAUAGGAAACAGCGCUGCAGCUUUGUACAAAAUCAAGAAAUGUGGAACCUGCUGUUCACACUUUAUCACAUACUAUAUCUUUGACACUGUGGUCGGAAGGUGUCUGAAAACUACUCUGUGACAACUGCUUUCAGUGAAGGAUCGAGCACAACGGGGCUUUUGGGACGUGGGGGUCACAUUUGAAGGUGGCUGAUGCAUGUGCUCACGAAUUAAUUGAAGUAGGGACUCAAAUUAGAGCAAGUUACACUUUUAACAGCCAGUAGUGAAACUGGUUAAGGGACCAAAAACCCCAGUGUCAUUCAUACAAAGAUCCAAAUGGGCAAAUAUUGUGUUUAUGACAAAGUCCAAACCAAAGUUGUGAUAAAUAGGUGAAAACAAAAAUAAAAGUGAUGGGUUAAAUGAUA